AUGUAUCAGGGCGCCCCCUCGUCAGUUGGCUGGCCGCACAACGUGCCAAUGCCACCAGGAGACCCACGCAUUUUCGGCCAUGGAUUGCCACAUGAACAACAAGCUCAACAUCCUGUACCUCCAAACCAAUUUGGAUGUUCGCAUGAACCACCAGCUCACCGUCAUGUACCUCUAAACCAAUAUGGAAACUUUAAUGAACCACAAGCACAUUGUCCUGUACCUCCAAACCAACAUCCUGUACCUCCAAACCAAUGUGGAUGUUCGCAUGAACCACCAGCUCACCGUCAUGUACCUCUAAACCAAUAUGGAAACUUUAAUGAACCACAAACUCAUUGGCCUGUACCUCCAAACCAAUAUGGAUGGCCGCUUGAACCAGAAGGUCAACAUCCUGUACCUCCAAACCAAUAUGCAUGGCCGCAUGAACAACAAGCUCAAUGUCAUGUACCUCUACACCAAUUUGGAUUGCCGCAGGAAGCACAAGCUCAACCUCCUGUACCCCCAAACCAAUUUGGAUGGUUUCUUGAACCACAAGCUCAACGUCAUAUACCUCUAAACCAAGUACCUCUAAACCAAUAUGGAUUCUUGAAUCAACCACAAGAUCAACGUCCUGUACCUCCAAACCAACGUGGGUGGUCGUUUGAACCACAAUCUCAACGUCUUGUACCUCCAAACCAACGUGGAUGGUCGCUUGAACCACAAGCUCAACGUCCUGUACCUCCAAACCAAUAUGGAUUGUCACAUGAACCAGGAGCUCAACGUCCUGUACAUCUAAACCAAUAUGGACGUUCGCGUGACCCGCGAGCUCAACGUCCUGUAACUCAGGAACCUGUCCACCAAUAUCAUUCACCACCAUCCACGAACGUACCUUCACAUGCCUUUCAGCCCGUUCUUCAGUCAUCUCUUGUAGAUAAUCCGGCAUUCCUACUACAGAAGGAUGGGCGUAGCCUCCAGAUGUCGCCUGUGUCACCUAUUCGGGCACCAAGUCCACACUUCGGGCUGCCUGAACAGUGUUUGCGUUGUUGCGUCCAACGGGAAUCCCAGGCGCUUAGAGAUCAACCUGAUGCCCAGGAACCACAAGGUGGACAACUGCCAACAGCUGAUACGGCGAGAAACGCAAUGCAAGGCGCUCAGGAGCGGCCACAGCCAAAUGUCGUGCAAAAUGCAGUACCUGCACCUCAUCAGGUGAUGAACCCUUUUGAGGUAUGCCAGCGUUGUUGUUCUGCCAAGGAGCCAGCUCUGCCUGUUGUGUCAAAUUUGCCUCAUAAUGACACUCCAGCACCAUUCCAACUAUACGACAGUCUAGAGUCUGUGACCAUAGGAGGAGGAGAAAGAGGAAACGAGUUCCUUGUUGUAGACCCAAAAUCAGGUAUAGCAGAACAAUUUCAGAUGCUGCAUUCUGGCUCAUAUACUCUUAGACCUGCGCAAGGAACCAGAGGGAAUAAUAUACAGUCACCUGCGCCUGCUCAAGAUAUCCAGCCGACGGGAUCAGUUCAGCAAGAGUCCCCAAAUUGGCCUCCAUCUGCACAUAUACCACCACCUCUACAAGUAUCUGGCGCAAGAGGAGUGCAGCUUCCACAACAGUCUGAAGCACAAGGAUUGACUCAGCGCACAGCCAAAGGUGCAGACGUGUAUGCGCGAUUGCCAGAUGCGUCAGAAUUGAACGAACAUCUGCAGAGCAGUCUGUCGGACGCAACAGAAUCGCAGAUACUGCGGGCUGCAAUAGCAGAACUGUCUCAGUCGAAGGCCAAGAGUCCUGCUGUGUUUGUACGAAUACCUGAUGCAACUGAAGUGAAUCAGCAACACUCCACCAAUAUGUCUGCUGGUAGAGACACACCUAUGUCACUGGCCUAUAUCGAAAUGCAACCCUUUCCACAACAAGCCCAGGAAGCACCCAGGUUCAACCCUCCAGUUACUGAAAUAGGUGCUAGGGUACUCGAAGUCUUGCAGGAAAAGCCACCACAGAUUAUAAAGAGGCAGUCUCACGGAUACGUAAAUGAUGUCCGAAGUCUGAUGCUUAGACGUCAUCUUCGUCUUUUGCUCCAGGCAGGGCACGUAUUUCCGCAUUCUCAUGAUAUAAAAACAUUACAGCAGUUAAAGGAGUACCUAGAGCAAAGGCGAAAAGCAGCUGAAGAAGCUUCAGUAGUGGAUUCUGAGGCAGACGUAACACCUUUGUCUGUGACAGUCGUUGAGAACCAAGCAAACGAGACGGAAGACACACCGCAACCCACCACAUCUCAGGCAGCAGCACCACCACAACCACAGCGAUCGUCUGAAACGACUGGAUCAGAGCUCGUGUCUACAGAAACUGGUCAGCAUGUUGGGAGCCAAGCAUCAGCAAAGGAGAACGCAUCGCAACCCACUACAUCUCAGGCAGCCGCACCUGUACAACCGCAGCGAUCAUCCGAGACGGCCAGAUCAGAGUUCGUGCCUACAGAAAUUGGUCAACAGGGAGGGAGACAAGCACCAGCGGCAGCACAUGAUUUGCAGCCGUUGUUAGAGCACGCCCUCGUCGUCCGGCACCUCUUCUACAGUGGAAGCCCCUUUUCUGUGUCACUGCUGAGCGGCGCCGUGCUGUCUCCCCGGCCAGCCGCCAAUGGGGUCGCCUGUCCCGGUGGGAUUCCGGGGUUGUGUCCGCUCUCAGCUGACCCAGAACUGUCCGCCAGGUGA